UAUUCUCAGUUAUCUCAAAUCUUGCCCUGGUCUCGGAUUAUUCUAUGCUUCUGGAGAGAUGUCAGGUCCACCAUCUAGUCUCUCAUGCUAUAUACCAUCUGAUCUCUCGGGCUACACUGAUGCUGAUUAUGCGGGUUCCAUAAGUGAUAGGCGUUCUACCUCUGGCUUCUGUACUUUCCGGGGUAAUCAUCUUAUCUCAUGGAAAAGUAAGAAGCAAGCAGUUGUUUCUCGAUCAUCAGCUGAAUCUGAAUAUCGUGCUAUGGCUCAAGGUCUGCCAUCAUGCUAUCAUCCGACUCAGUUCUUCACGAAAGAACUAAGCAUAUAGAAGUUGACAUCCAUUUCAUUCGGGAAAAAGUUCGGUCUGGCAUUAUCACUCCUAGGUUUGUUCCUUCAUCGGCUCAGACUGCCGACAUGUUUACUAAACCAAUAGGUCCUUCUUUACUUAAGUCAUCUCUUGUCAAGCUGGGUCUCGUCAAUCUCUUCGCACCAGCUUGAGGGGGAGUGUUGGAAUUAUGAGAGAAUAUUACGUUUCUUGUAAUUAUGGGUUGUAAAUAUUCCCUUUAAUUACUUUGAUUUAGUUUCCUAGAAUUAGGUUGAUUUGAUUGAUUUAG